CAUAAGGUAAAAUAAAUUAACUUCCAGAGCAAUAAUAUUGAUUGCCACGUUACCAUAAGGUUUCAACACUUUAUGUCACAAGAUUAUAAUUACAAGCCACGUGUAGUCAUCAGAAUCACCCCUCGCCUAUGUGGAAGACCAUGUGCCCACAGUCAGUAACUUUGUGUGGGCCAAGCAAUGGACUGAAACAGACUUAAGCGGCAAAGCGACCGUCACUGCCACUCUAUUGGACAAAAUCAGAUCCAACGGCUCAAAUUUAAUCCCAAAUCACCAACUCCAGUUCCCUUGCAUAUAUAUAUAUAUACCGUACCAUCGUUUCUUUCUAUUCCAAUCAACCCCUCUCUCUCUCUCUCUCUCUCACCUGAAACUCGCCGGAAAAAGUUAUGUUCCGAUCAAAAUCGAACACACUCUCCCCCCCCCUCUCUCUCAGUAUGGCAAUUCUGUCUCAAAGCUCGAGUAAUUGGAUGUUAUCGCUCAAAGUUGUGUUGAUAACAACGAGUGUUCUGUUCAUGGCUAUGGUGUUGAAGCUCUCUGUUCCUAUCGUAAUGGAGUUUGCGAUCUCUGAAAUUCCUUCCAUUUGGAGCUUUGUGAUGUCGUGGCUCAGGCCUCCAUAUCUCUACGUCGUCAUCAACUGUAUCAUAAUCACCAUAGUCGCGUCUUCCAAGCUUCAGCAGAAGGUCAUCGACAAGCCGCCGCCGGCGGUGGCGGCGGAGACGAAGGUUAAUCCGGUGCCGAUUAAGGUCCGGGCGGAUUAUGCUGUUGCGUAUGGCGGUGUCGACGUGAAGAAUGCUUCGGUGGAGGUGAGGCCGGAGUUUGAAUACGGUUACGAUGCUAAUGUGGUGAAAGGUUCGGAGUUUGAUGUGUACGAGCUCGAAGAUGAUCGGUUACCGGAGAUAGAGACGAAGACGGCGACGACGACAUUAGCUAUACGUGCGGCGCAGGAGAUGAGCGGCGAGGAGCUAGCGUUAUCGAGAUCGUUGUGGACUCCGCAGCUGAAUUCUAGGGAGUAUGCGCUUUCAUCCUCUGAGAAACCGACGGUUUCUGUGAGGAUUGGUCACCGGAAAGCUGUGAAAUCCAGUCCUGAAGGUGGGAGGACAUUGAGAGUAGCGAAGCCAAAGCGGCAGGAGACGCUAGAAAGCACGUGGAAGACGAUAACAGAAGGCCGUUCGAUGCCGCUGACGAGGCACCUUAGAAAGUCCGACACGUGGGAGACACAUGGACGUGUGGCCCACCUACAAGAAGACCAUAUAUUGAUAAUUAUCUGUAGAUGUAGUGAUGUGGAUUCACACUUUGGAAUUUGUCUGAACAAUAAUUUUCUGAUAUGUCAUUGCAAUGGCUGGUUGUGUUCAGGUGGGAGGACAUUGAGAGUAGCGAAGCCAAAGCGGCAGGAGACGCUAGAAAGCACGUGGAAGACGAUAACAGAAGGCCGUUCGAUGCCGCUGACGAGGCACCUUAGAAAGUCCGACACGUGGGAGACACAUGGACGUGUGGCCCACCUACAAGAAGACCAUGACCAAAGAAUGACCAAAUCAGAGACCUUCAACCACACCACGACGGCCAACUCCUCCCCUAAACAGUCGUCGCCGGGACCGAUGAGGCUGAGGAGGGAACCCUCCGGCUCGGGGAAGCUGAGGAAAGAACCGUCGCUGAGUCAGGAUGAUUUGAACCGGCGAGUCGAGGCUUUCAUAAACAAGUUCAAUGAGGAAAUGAGGUUGCAGAGACAGGAGUCUCUGAAUAAAUACAUGGAGAUGAUCAAUCGUGGGGUUCAUUAGAAAUUCUGAUUAGUUUCAUGACUCGAAAAAGUUUUGAAUAUUGUAUUGAUUGUUUAGAUUUUGAAAUGUAUAAAAGGGCUGUGUUAGUUCUG